AUGUAUAAUAUUAAUAAUAUCAUGUUAUAAUAUCGUGUAAACACAUAGACGACACAUAAAUAGGAAUAGAUUUGUAUUUUGGUUUUGAUAAUUCUGUUUUAAAAACACAUGGAGUGAUUUCCGAAAACCAAAUAUCAAACAGAUGAAAUCGAUCAAAACACCAUGAUCGGGACAAACAUUGUUUUCUUUCAACAUGGAUGCCAAGAUAUGUCACUUGCCACGGUUCUAAAGGCCAUGUUUUAGUGUCAAAGAUUAUAAAUAAGUCAACAACGUUAAUCCAGAGAGGUGUUGAAAAUCCGGAAUACGAAGCUUAAUUAAGCACCUUGAAGCAAACCUGUUAAUAAAAAAAGUCCAAGAUGUCUAGCAUGGCCUCAAGUUCUAUACGGCCAACCACAGCACCGGGAUUAAAAAAACGGAGAUUCCGCCCCAACCGACAAGCAGCAAUAACAUCUUUGAGAAACAGGUCGAAAUCAAAUCCCGAUUUACUAAACUCCUUUCAGCAUGAAUCCACCCAGUCUUAUAGAUUUGGCAUUGCGGGUCCGUACACGACUCCGUCCUACCUCAUCGAACUUAACGCUAUUAAGCGACGACCGUCUAGUCGUAACCCGAUGCCGUUGGUAGAGCUCCCGGAUCCUUCAAAAGUUGUGCGGGAAUGGACUCAAGAUCAAUAUAGACGGAAGCGAAGGAAUCGCCCGAAGCUGCCCCAGGUUGACGAUGGUUCUAGGCGCUCGUCCCUCGAUUUCCGGAAAGGAAGUUUAGGAUUGUACGAUGAUUUUCCCGAGUCUGUGGAACGUGACAACGAUAACGUGAGACAGGUUCGGACAUUUCGAUGGUAUGCUAUGGUUAUAAAGGCAGUGAGUAAAUUAGCAUUGGACAUGCAGAGAUUGUCUAUACGCAUGUCAGAACAGGUACCAAUGUCGGAUAUGUUCUAUAUACCAGUCAAACAACCAGAUGCCAAUAAUGAAGGAGAAAGUUCCAAACUUUUCUUUGAUAAAUCAUGGUUUUCAAGAGAUAGGGCGAUAUCGAAGGUACCUCUAUGGGCACAAACUAUAACAAUUAGAAAACCCGAACAAAGAACAAAAGACGAGAUUAAAAGAUUGCACGAUUUAUUGAUUAACAUGCAGAGUUUUAGAGAAAAGUUUACUGAGGAUAAACGAGUCAAGAUAUGUCAAUAUAUCAGAUAUACCAAGUGUGCUAGAGGUCGUGUUGUAUUAAGACAAGGUCAUCCUGGUGAAUAUUUAUAUUUUAUAUAUGCUGGUUCUGUGAUGAUACAAGUUGAAAUGGAGGACAAAAACGGAAAGAUUUUCAAUACGACAGAAAAUAUUAUUAAAAGUGGUGCAAAUUUUGGGGAAGAAGCUUUAAUAGGAGAAGGUUUGCGAUCUGCUACUAUCAUUGUUAAAGAACCAGCCGAGUUCUUCCAUAUUGAUGGCGAGAUAUUUCUAGAUAUCUGUCCUCAUCAUAUAGACUCACAGCUACAUCAAAAGAUGCAGUUUGCCGAGAUAUUCGACAUUUUCCGAUGUUUAGACAAAGAAAUGGUAAAAGACGUAGUUUUUAGGUCACAAAUCAUAAAAAUGCCUCAUGGCCGUGUUGUGGAAGCCGAUUGGUCUAAAGCUAACUUUGUUUAUUUCGUAUUAAAGGGUACGAUCAAACUUUACCGGGAUUUUGACGUCACUUCCGUUCUUAAAGAUAUGGAUGAUGACCUAGAAGACAUAUUGGAAACCGAGGUGGCACUAAAACGACUAGUAGAAGAUGGCGUCGGUCAAACUAAACAGAUAGCUUUAGUAGGAGCUCUACAAGAAGGCGAUUAUAGCGAUCUAUACAUCCUGUCAACAGAUAGUAACUAUUCUCUCUCACCCGUUCAAAUGAUAAGUCAAGGUGCAGAAGUCUUGAGGGUAUCACUACGCACUUUCCGGCGAAUAAUACCAAAACAGGAUAUAACGGACUAUAUUCGAGAUAGAUACACACAACACAAUAUUCCUUCAGAGUUUGAACUGGGUAAACGAUUUAUAGAAAACGCACAUUGGGCACAUUAUCAGAAACGGGUUAUAGCUACCCUAGAUCGGGUGCAUGGAGGAGAGUUAUUGGCUAAUAUUCCUGCUACUGCCAAAGGUACAAGUGGUUGGGCGAAAUGGCCAGGAUAUUCAUACGAUGCUCAGGAGAAAUGUUCUGUGUUCAGUGAACCAGAUGGAAAAUCAAAGUUGGAAAUCUUCCAAUUUGUGAAAACACCAAAACCCCCUCGUGCACGAAGGAUAGCCGAAAAGCAAAUGGAUAAAAGGAAGGACAAGGAUUCGUCAAUGAGACUAGCACCACGUGUUGAUGUAGACCAGGAUGAAAACGAUGGAGCCAGAGUUAUAAUUGAUAAUCCUAGAAGACUCUUGUGCAAACCUCCUGGAAGUAAACCCCCGUUAAAGUUAUUGGACGCUUAUUUCUAUGAUAGACCUUAUAAUCCUUACGUCAACAGACUACAAUAGUGAUCUUACAGUCCUUACGUCAAUAGACUACAGUAGUGAUCUUACAUUCCUUACGUCAAUAGAUCGCAAUAGUGAUCUUACUGUCCUUACGUCAACAGAUCGCAAAUAGCAAUAGUGAUCUUAAACAUCUUUGAGACGAGUCUUACGGGGAUAAAAUAGCGAAUCUUACAAUCAAUCCUUAUAGACUAUAAUAGUGAUCUUAAAAUUCCUAUAGACUAUACUAGUGAUCUUACGAUUCCUUCCUAUAGACUGUAAUAAUGAUCUUACAAUUUCUACAGACUACUAUAGUGAUCUUACAAUUUCUACAGACUACUAUAGUGAUCUUACAAUUUCUACAGACUACUAUAGUGAUCUUACAAUUUCCACGGACUAUAAUAGUGAUCUUACGAUUCCUUACAGCCUAUAAUAGUGAUCUUACAAUUCCUGCAGACUAUAAUAUUGAACUUACAAUUCCGUUCAUACCAUACGAGUGAUCUUACAGCUUAUUAUAGUGCUCUUACAAUUCCUAUAGACUAUAAUAUUGAUCUUACAAUUCCUACAGGCUAUAGUAGUGAUUUUAAAAUUUUGUACUGGCUAUAUUAGUGAUCUUACGUUUCCUGUAGGCUAUAGAAAGGCUGACUUGGUCACACACAAACAAAUUAUAUAGUCGCAUAAUUAAUAAAAUAAUUUUUAUAAUAAAGAA